AUGUCCUACAAGCUAAAGUUCUUGAAAGAUGCUCUUGAUGUGCAGGCUUUGAAAUUUGGCAGUUUCACUCUGAAAUCUGGCAGAACGUCGCCAUACUUUUUCAACAUGGGCCAAUUUUCAACAGCUGCUGCUCUGAGCAAUGUGGCUACAGCAUAUGCCCAGACCAUCAUUGAGUCGGGAUUGGAGUUUGAUGUCCUGUUUGGCCCAGCAUACAAGGGAAUCCCACUUGCUGCUAUUACUGUUGUCAAGCUUUAUGAACUCGGUGGAGACAAGUACGCCAAUGUUGGAUACUCUUUCAAUAGAAAGGAGAAGAAGGACCAUGGGGAGGGUGGAAUGAUAGUGGGCUGUCCGCUGAAAGACAAGAAGAUCCUGAUCAUUGACGACGUUAUGACCGCCGGUACUGCCAUCAACGAGGCGUUUGACAUCAUCAAGACUGAAAAUGGCCAGGCUAUAGGUUGUAUUAUCGCUUUGGACAGACAGGAAGUGGUUAAAAACUCCGACCAGAGCGCCACUGCUGCUGUUUCCAAGAGAUACAACGUUCCUGUUUUGUCUAUUGUCAGUCUGGAUGACAUAAUUGAGAAUCUGAAGGACCAGCUCACGAAAGAGCAAUUAGACAUGAUUUUAGAGUACCGUCAGCAAUAUGUUCCUGCUACUGCUAAAUAA